CAUACAUGCGUACUCCAAACUGUACGUUAGCCAGGAAGGACAGAGUGACAGACACCCAAAGAAACUCGAUCACAUGGAGGCGCCGACGAAGGCCGUUCUGAGGGUGGCGGCGAUCUCCGGCUCGCUCCGUCGGGCCUCGGCCAACACAGGGCUCAUCCGUGCAGCCGCGGAGAUUUGCAAGGAGUCCAUCCCCGGGAUGCAGAUCGACCACGUCGACAUCUCGGAGCUGCCGCUGCUCAACACCGACCUCGAGGUCGACGGCGGGUUCCCGCCGGCCGUCGAGGCUUUCCGCAACAAGGUCCGCGGGGCCGACUGCUUCCUCUUCGCCUCACCGGAGUAUAACUACUCCAUUUCAGGCCCUCUGAAGAACGCUCUGGACUGGGGAUCACGGCCGCCCAACUGCUGGGGCGACAGAGCAGCAGCCAUCCUCAGUGCAUCGGGCGGGUCCGGUGGCAGCCGGUCGCAGUACCACAUCCGGCAGGUCGGGGUUUUCCUGGACAUCCAUUUCAUCAACAAGCCAGAGGUUUUCACCAAAGCGCAUCAACCCCCGAAAAAGUUCGACGGCGAUGGCAACCUGAUCGAUCCGGAGACCAAAGAGCAGCUCAGGAAGAUGCUCCUGUCGCUGCAAGCUUUCGCCUUGAGGCUCCAGGGGAAAUCUGAAUACUCUGAGGUCUGAGCAGGGAAAUUGAUGGCUCCAUCUCUCGGGUUGAAUGGCAGUCGUAAGAUCUGAAAACUUUUGAUUCGGCCGAGUGCCGACAAGAGGGUUUCCUGGAGUCCUGCACGCAGCCCAUCUGCCUGGCGUUUGCGCUGACUGUGCCGUUGUAAUGAAGUGAAAGUUAUCCUUAUAUGUUUGGUAUCUGCAUCAACUUUCGGCCUGUAGGCCCAUAAGCCCACUUCUCUUCCAUGUUCGCUCUCUGAAAGGAGCUUCA